AUGCCUGCCGAUGUUGUUGAUUUGGUGACCUUCACCCGUACCAAAGUAGGAAGAUUCGUCCAAUCGGUCAACCGAAAGCGGCAUUCGGAGGCAGUCGCAGGGAGGGGUUCAGUCCAAACCAAAGAGGAGAAGAAGUUUUCCUUCUGGUUGCGCCCCUCUGGAACGAUUCGUCGAAAAGUGGGAAUAGUCGUCGCAUCCACGUGGAAAAGUGUCAAAGAAGGAGUCGGGUCACCCUACUACAUCUGCGGAAGGAGUGCUUUUUGUGUUUUGUUUUCUUGGGCUAGGCCUAACUGGAGUCACUCCUUUUCUAGUCUUAGCUCUGAGUCCACAACUUCGAUUUCAUAA